CAAAAUAUUAGGAGUCAAAUGAAAAACUCAGGUCGCACUACAGAAUAAUGAAUACUGGGGACGGAAGCAAAGAACCGAACAGACGAGGCCGAGUUUAGGGUUUCGAAAGAUAUCGCGCUGCCACUGAUCUGGUCCUGAGCUCGAUAGGAUGGCGCUUCAAUACCUCGAAUCGCAGCGCAACGCGCAGCCGGAGCUCGCCGACUGGUACAGCGCCUUGGCAGAUUUGUACCAGCGUAAGCUGUGGCACCAACUCACCGCCAAGCUCGAGCAGUUCGUUGCCUUGGCGGUAGUUCAGGCUGGUGAUGCUCUUAUACAGCUGUAUCAUAACUUCAUUACAGACUUUGAGACCAAAAUCAAUCUAUUGAAGCUCGCUCAUUUUGCUGUGGUGGUUUCGCGUCAAUAUUCAGAGAAGGAUGCUGCAAUUAUCUACCUUGAGGGAAUAAUUGAAAAAUUGCAUGCUACUCGAGAGUUGAGGAUUGAGGAGCCAAUCCUAUAUGUUAAAAUGCAAAUUGCUGCAUUAAAUCUGGAAAAAGGGGAUCAAAAGGAGUGCAAAAAACUCAUAGAUGAGGGAAAGAGCACAUUGGACAGCAUGACUGAUGUUGAUCCUUCUGUUCAUGCUAGCUACUAUUGGGUAUCUUCACAGUAUCAUAAAUCGCGAAAAGAAUUUGCAGAAUUCUACAAGAGCGCUCUUCUUUAUUUAGCAUACACUUCAGUAGAGUCUCUUUCAGCAUCAUUCAAGCUGGACUUGGCGUCUGAUCUUUCUCUUUCAGCUUUGCUGGGGGAUAACAUAUACAACUUUGGUGAAUUGCUUGCUCAUCCUAUUAUCAAUAGCCUCAUUGGGACAAAAGUGGAGUGGCUCUAUCAUAUUCUUCAAGCUUUUAACUCAGGAAAUCUGAUUAGAUAUCAAGAACUAUGUCAGAUCCAUAACACUGCAUUGAGUGCUCAACCUGCAUUGGUAGAGAACGAGAGGAAGCUACUUGAAAAAAUCAACAUUCUGUGUUUGAUGGAAAUUAUAUUUAGUCGUCCAUCUGAGGAACGGACUAUUCCUUUAAGUAUCAUCGCUGAGAAAACUAAACUUUCCAUUGAAGAUGUGGAGUAUCUCCUCAUGAAAGCCCUUUCCGUUCAUCUCAUUGAAGGCAUAGUAGAUCAAGUCGAUGGAACAGUUUACAUUUCAUGGGUGCAACCUAGAGUCCUAGGGAUUCCGCAGAUCAAAUCAUUGCACAGUCGUUUGAAUUCGUGGGCAGGGAAGGUGCGAAUGGCCUUAUCGACUGUUGAAGCCGAGACACCUGAUCUGAUCGGCCAUGACACAGCCUAAUACAUUGGCGAUUCUUGCUGCAUCCCCCUGCCAUGAGGUGCUUCAGCCAGGAGGUAAGAUCUCAGUUUAAAACCUAACUUCCUAAAGAUCGAGUUUGUAUUUUGCAAAAACAAAAACGAAAAGAGAGUUUUAAAUUAAUUAAUUUUGAUGUUUUGUUCUCCUUUUAUCUCUCUCGCAGGGUUGUGAUUGUUAGAAUUGAGGUUAUGGAACAAUUUGUCCCUGACUAUAAUCUUUUAAAUAUUUGUUUUUUCCCA